ACUCUAUAGCACAUUUCACGCACUUGGAAAUUCGGAAGCUAGAUUUUCAUACUUCAUGUGGAUUCUCGUCGGACGGUGAAAAUAAAUAGUGUUAUUUUGGGUCUUGAAGUGAACAUCCGGGCUUUACGCAUGCUGUAACACGUGCAAAUUCUUUUUGAUUCGCUGUGCGUCUUCCACCGCGUCUUGGCCUUUUUUUUUUUAACACGGAGGAUCGUCUCUGAAGUCUAAAUAUUGACAAAUCCCUAUUGUGAAGUACGGAAUAUGCCUGAAGGCUCCUCAUGCAGCAAUGUUGCUUCUUCUUAAGGCAGCAGAGUCGGUUGCAAGAGGUUAUAAUGUUCCUGUCGAGGACGAACCAUCCCUGAGGGCUCAGCGACGGAAGAAGAAAAUCAACAAAGGAAGAUGGACGAAAGACGAGGAUGAAAAAUUAAAAGAACUUGUGGAUGAUCUUGGAACUGACAGUUGGAAGGAGGUUGCAAAUAAUUUCCCUGAUCGCACAGAUGUUCAAUGCCUUCACAGAUGGCAGAAGGUACUAAACCCAGAGCUAGUGAAGGGUCCAUGGACUAAAGAGGAGGAUGACAAAGUCGUAGAACUUGUUCGGAAGUAUGGACCAAAACGGUGGUCACUUAUUGCUCAGCAUCUGAAAGGAAGGAUUGGAAAACAGUGCCGUGAAAGAUGGCAUAAUCAUCUAAACCCCCAAAUCAAGAAAUGUGCUUGGACUGAAGAUGAAGACAGGAUUAUUUAUGAAGCUCAUAUUACCAUGGGGAAUAAAUGGGCUGAGAUAGCAAAAUUGUUACCUGGAAGGACUGAUAACUCUAUCAAGAACCAUUGGAAUUCAACCAUGAGAAGAAAAGUGGAAAGUGCAGGAUAUGAUCACUAUAGAAAGAUCAGAUACCAUUUGUCUGAAAAGCGUUACAGCAAAGGACAUCUUCUGUCAGUGAAGAAAGCAGAUAAGAGGAGGAGAGAGGAGGCAGUGUAUCAUUCAUCAAAUGACGAUUCACCAACAAUGAUUGAAGAAAACAGCUAUUCAGGCACCAGAAACAGAAGUAGCUCAGAUUUAACAAAUAUAAAACCAAAACCAGCAAAUCAAGAUACUCUACAAAGUACAACUGGAAAGAACAACAACAAUGGAACAAAUCCAGGCUUGAUGUCUCCCUUUAGAAAUACAUUCAUAUUGUCCCCUGGGUCUUCGGAUGCCCUGUUAGAUUCUGAUCCCUCCUCUUGGGGUGAUAUCAGUUCAUUUGACAAGGGUGGUAGUGUGGGCAAGAAUUUGGCAUUGUCAAAACUGACAUCUCCUGGUACCAGAGGAUACAGAUUUGAUGGGAAUUCUAUUGCCAGUCUUCAGACGGAUGGCGGAUCUUUAAUACCAAUUACUUCACCUGUAAUGCAGAACAGAUUUAGCACACCACCAACUAUUCUAAGACGAGGACGUAAAAGAAAAUCUACUGACAUGGAGUCCAGUGUCAAUACAGAAACAUCCUUCAGCAGUCCUAAAGGAGCAACCCCCAUUAAGGCCUUGCCGUUCUCACCAUCUCAGUUCCUUAAUUCUCCUGGAAAUUCAAGCAAAGUUCAGACUUCAACUCCAGCCAGUGAAAAAUUUAAAGUCAGUUUAACCAACACAACACUGCAUACUCCUGGUACACUAGAAGCAAGCUCAGGCGAGGAUCCUUUCCGAACUCCACGCAUCAGAAGAACUUUGUUGAGUGUAUCUCCACGCACUCCAACACCUUUUAAAAAUGCCCUCAAAGUGUUGAAUGACACAAAAAUGGCACAUACACCUGACAAUUUUGAAGCAGAUUUCAAUGAAAUCAUUAAACGAGAGGAGGAAGAAAGUGGUGUUCACUUAUCAUGCAGUGGGCAAAAAGCAUCCUGUAGGGUACGGACUUCCCUUGAGGAAAAAUAUGCCAAGUUGAGCAAAACAACAGCAUCCUCUGCUAAUGGAUCAGAGGAACAACCAAGUGCAAUUAAACAAGAGCAAAGUUACAUGAUUGUUGAGUGUGUUGUGGAGGAUUCAGGUGUUGUCCAGACUUCAGCUUUACCCUCGCCUUCCAAGGAUUCGUCAUUUAUCAAACCAUCAGAGAUCUUUGGCCAACAUAACCCCUUUGCCACACCUAGUUCUGUGAUGUCUGAAACUGGAGUAAGUGGAAAGAACCUGCCCCAAACCACACAGGUUGAUCAUUUCUUAUGCCCUAGUGCUGUGGAUUUUCAGCGGCACAGAAGAAAAGGCCAUCCCAUGCGCAUACUGCGAUUUCAAGAGACACCACAGAAAUCAGCACCAAAGCUUGACUCAGCUUGGGAGCAGGUGGCAUGCGGUAAAACUCCUGAUCAACAGCUGCUAACACAACAAGCUCAUCAGUUUUUUGCUAAUUACCGGCCGGCAGCACGCACACUUCAAUUCAAUACAACUACAGUGGCUUAAACUGAAUAGUCUGGUUUGUCACUUAUUUGUUUUCCUCUUGUGUGAACCCAGGAUGUUAUCAAUGAAUAAAUCCCUGAUAUUCAAAUCUAGAUAAUUUAAUAUUUUAAGAAAAAACAAAAUAAAUAACAAUAUAAAGAAAAUUGUAGAAACAGAAAAACAGGUCAAACCAAAACAUUUAAUUUAAAAGCACACACCUAUAUAGUUAGACAUAAGGAAAGGUUCACCAGCCAUUUGAGUAUAAUCAUUCUUGAAUGCAAAUUGCUGGAGAGAAAGCUUUAGGGUGCUGGAGUUUUAUAUCUCCUGAAUUAACUCCCUUCUCUAAAGCAAAAAGGUGUGGCUUAUAAUUGAACAUAAGGUGCACCAAUUGUCUACUUUCAAGAAGACAUUGUUUAGGCUUUAUUUCAGAGCGAUACAGCAUGACAAAAUCUAAGAUGGUUUUGAAUUUAUAUUAGUUGCUGUGAAGUAUAUGUGAAUUAGAGGCUUUCAGAAAAUCUAGUAUCAUUCUUCAUGUUAUGUAAACUAGAAUUAAGUCACUGACCAGGAGAUAAAAUGUGGGCUGAAAUCAAAAUCUUAAAAGUUUAUACCAGAUCACAAAAAGAAAGGUCUUAUUUGGUGACUUGCAAAAGUAGAUUCAGCCUUUUUUAGGGUGAGAUGUAUAUUUGAGGUACAUUUGUACUGAUUUAUGCAGACUUGUUUUUCCCUUUAAAACAUUGUUACAUCUCGGCCAACAUUUGGAAGAAAAGUUUGUUGCUGUAUUAACUCUACACAAGGUCAUGCUGAGAAGCACUUGUGGCAGGUUGCUGUGUGGUGAAUACUUCCUUAUUACAUAUAACAGGUUCAGAUUUCUUUUUCGUGAUAAGGAAAUUCAGCCAUUUUUGCUUUACUCUAUGUGAGGUUCUGGAAGUUUCAUUUGAUUUAAUUGAACUAGGAAGGUUUCCAUGGUUGUGACUGAUCUAGCUCUCGGGUCAGUGAACGCACUCCAAAACCUCCAGUUCAGUUUUGAUUUUGAUUUUAGGCUUUACAAUUUUUCUGUCAAUUCAGAAGCGAUUUUCUAUUGUUACCUCUGAAGGUUUCCUGUGAUCCUUAAAUUUUUUUCUGCAGAUAAGUUAGAUAUAGUAUCACUGCAUUAAUCCAUUAAUAUCUCCAUGCAUCUCCAGUACAGUACAGUACAUCCAGGAGUACUGAUUCAUCCAAAUAUAUACUUAUUCAAGUUCACUCGUUUUAUCUUCACUGUAUGACUAGAAACUUACGUCUCGUUAGCAGCCAAUCUGGAGUAUGUCACGUAACGUUCCCUGUUUUGUGACGAGCGUGGCGUGACAUCUCCAAUAAAGGCUGAGAAGAGGUAACUUGACAACUCUUGUAAUGCAAAGGUGAAUCAGUAUUUUUAAGAAGAAAAAUUAAUCUUUUCUGAAAACAAAACGUGUUCAACAAUUGGCAAUGAAUGUGCAGAUGUUUGGUAGAAUUGCAAGGAGCGAAAUCGUAGAAAAUGAUAGGGAUGUCAUCCAAAUUACUUUUAGAAAGUUUAUAGUGGCUCUCUAACCACCAGUAGCUCAGUUUAAUAAGAAUAAUAUUAGCUAAUAUCUUUCCAUGUGGUUGUCAGAGGUAUGUCGUAGAGGUAGUAUUAGACACUGUCAAUGAUAAAAACGAUGUGUACGCGUUGGGUUAUUUUUUUAAAACCAUUUUUCCUUGUAAAUACGUUUUUCUUUUUUAUUUUGUACAGAAAUAAAGUAUUUCGAAAUUCUU